GAAACUCCGCCAGUUCAACGGGAUUGAUUUAUGGCGAUGACGAUUCUAGUAGGUGACAAAAUGCGCCCCAGGCAGUACUGCUUAUUUCUGUUGAUGGUACUUAUUCCUUUAAGCGAACAAAAGCGUGACUUUUAUUUCCAUCUAGAUAGUUGCGACACUGAAUCUGCAAAUCCUAAGAUAUGUGAGGUCAACUGCACGCUUACUAAAAAAGGCGACGUUUUGGGUGUUAGUGGGUUCAUGAAUAUUCUGGAGCCAGCUGAUGGGGGUGGUCUAUCUAUUGAACUUAAAAUUAGAAAACUUGGAGGCGACAAAUACCUUACUUUCAUCAAUCAAACUGUUCCAGAUGCAUGUGUCUAUUUGAAAGGCAAUAGCCGCCUCAAUAUAGUUCAAAUUGGUAUCGACGAACUGAUAAAAAGUGGAAAAGUGCCUGGUUGUCCAGUAGAAGCGGGUGUGUACUACAUCAAGGACUAUUAUAUAUCUCCUGAAUAUUUUCCGCCUAUUCUACCUGAAGCAGACUGGAAUGCUAAGGGUGCAUUUUUUGGAGUAAAGAAUGGAGUAAGGGCCGAAUGCGCGCGAUUUUCAAUUACUGGAAGUAUUCGAUUGAAGAAAAACUCUCUCUGGAACCGCUUUAAGAAUCCAACUUGAUAAAGAGAAAAUUGCUAUUGAGGAAAUAGAGGAGAGAAGAUGGAAUUUCAAUAAAAGUAGAUUGUUUCUGUA